AUGCAACGACGCUGCUCCGAUUGGGGGACCCAAAAGCAUAUCUCAUCCACCAUAGCCUACUUCUUCUGGACCCUCUCCAUCAAACACCCCGGUUUGGAGAUCGAGGGCAAGCUGCCAGUGGAUUGGUGCAAGGCCUACAUCGAGUUGGGGCAUGACUCUGUGCCUACUUUGCUGAAUGAGAGCUGUGGAAUUACUAACGAGUUUCUAACUUCCAAUGCCAUCAAGGCGUGUCUCUACCAAGAUGAGAGUCGUGGAAUGGAAGUGAUAGAUGCACUCCGCAACCUCGAGACGGAUCCAACUUACUGCGAGUGGAUGAAAGGCCGCGCAGGCGCGCUCUAUAUUCUGCGCAUAAUACGAAAGUGGCUGCCUAAUCUGACCACGGCCGUAAACGAGGUCAUCACAUUGCUAAUCGAGGAUAUCCUCCCGCAGCAGCCUUGGAGCUGGAGCGAUCGGAGAUAUAUAGGGGCAGUGCAUGGCGAUAUUGGAAUCCUGACCCAGAUCUUCUUGAGUGAUCCAUCCUACGCUCCCAAGCUGGAAAGCAAGCUUCUGGAGCUCUUGAAUGUGCAGGGCGAAGAGGGCAACUGGCCAGUUAUUGAGGGCAAGGAGAAAGGGCUCAUCCAAUUUUGCCACGGUGCGCCGGGCGUCCUUAUCUCGCUCCUGGCUAUCAGACAGCAUUUUACUGCGCUGCAUGAGAAGAUUGACAAGGCCAUCGUGCUUGGGAGUAAGAUGACGUGGGAGAGGGGCCUCCUGACUAAAGAGCCCAAUAUCUGUCAUGGUAUCACAGGCAAUGCCUUGGUGCUUGAGCCGCGGCAGAAAGAGCACUUUCUUUGCCUUGCAACGCCUGAGAAGGUCGCGCAGGGCGUUGCGGACGGGGUGUUUGAGAAAGAUUCGGACCCGUUUGGAUUACUCUGGGGGGAGGCAGGUAGGGCCUGGGUCUGGAUGGAAGUUUGGGAUGGGAGCGAGGGGAAGCUCAUCCUCUAUAGUGACGUGUAG